AUGGAGAAGAAGAGCGAUGACCUGCGGCCAGCCCCCAUCGACCGGCCAGUACUUGGCCUGUCACGGCGCGUAUGGUACCUCGUCGGCGGGUGUCUGGGGUUCAUGCUCCUCUCGCGCUUCGUGUUCCCCUCCACCUCAUCAUCUCUUUCAGGACACUACUCGACUUCUCGUGGUCUGCUCACCGCCGUCGACUAUUUGAACGCGUCGUCGAGCGAGCCAGCCCCAUUCUCAUUCUGUCCCGACUUUGGGCCCACCGACCUAGUCGCACAAAAGAGGGGACAAGUCCCCCUCCUCAAGUCGCGCCUUCACACUGGUACUGGGGCACGCAUCCAGCGCCUCAUCCACAAAGCCAUGACUGGGCAGCCAGUCACAAUCUCAGUCCUCGGGGGCAGUAUUACCGCUUGUCAUGGGGCUGGCGACGAUCCUGUAUCCCCCCGUUGCUGGCCAUCUCGCUUUUUCGAGUGGUGGAAUACAGUCUUUCCACACCCUUACAACCAGCUCUAUAAUGGAGCGGCACGACUCACCGACUCGGCAUACUUUGCCUACUGCUCAAAGCAUCAUAUGCCGGACCGUGCCGAUUUGGUUAUUCUAGAAUUCGACGCCAGCGACCCAAACGACCCUCUGUGGAUUAACCAUUUCGAGCUACUCGUUCGCUCCAUCCUCACGCGGCCUGAACAGCCUGCCGUCAUCCUCCUAGGCCACUUUGCCCCUCAGGUUCUAUACCAGAAUGGAUACACGGGCCCCGAGAUGCUGCACGACAUUGUUGCGCAGUUCUACGACGUCCCUCACAUCUCAAUGAAAGGCGCAGUCUACAACGACUACAUGACCGAUCCAGAGGGCACGCGCCAGAGCUAUUACUCGGACAUGGUACUGGCCAGUCCGGCCGGCCACGACCUCCUCUCAGACCUGCUAAUCAGCUUUCUCCAGAGCCAGAUCUGCUCGGGAUGGGCAACGACCAUGGGCCACGCCUUUGACGUGCCCUACAUGGGCGCUGGGCCUGCAUCGGGCGUCAACCCGCUUCUCAAUGUCGACGCCGAUGACCUCGAAGCCCAAGGCGGUGGUGUUGCCGCCAAGGCUCGCGCAAUGAAGGUUCCACCGGCCCGUCUCGCUAAUCGCCCCUCGGACAUUCUUACCUUCCGUGAAGUCGAGCCCUACUGCGUCAUCGCCAACGAGAUUGUCAACCCCAUCCCUCCCUCCCACUUCUUUGGGAACGGAUGGACAACGUACAAGGCUGAAAAGGGGGGUCAGGAGAAGAGUUACUGGUGGGCGGAGAUUGGAGGGAGCCGUAUGCGCGUUCCCAUCAAGACUGCCGCUGGCGACGUCGCUAUCUAUUACCUCCAGCAUCCCGACAACACGCCCAGCGGACGGGUUGCGUGCUGGGUCGACGACGACUUUGCCAACCGCGCCGUACUUAACGGUAUGAGCAAGAACGUUGGGCAGCCGACAGCCACGCUCACUACGAUCAACGAGGGCGUCGAGCCAGGUGACCACUACGUCGAGUGCCUCAUGCUCGGCACCGAGGGCGCCAAGCUGGCCCCAUUCAAGUUGAUGGGAGUGUUUGCGACCUAA